UUCCCUACGACUCAGAGCCAACCUGACUCCCUCAGACCACUGUGCAUCAUCAUGCAGAGUUCACUGGGCCACCUGAGGUGACACAUUCACAUCUUGUCUGGGAGAAAAAGGAUCAACAUAGAAUCUGCAAGAUAUACAGGUACUUCUUUCUGGAGUAAUACUUAACCACAGGAGUGAAGACAACCUCUCCUGUCCGGGGAAGCACACAAAAUCUCCAGAUGACGCAGGCUGCUUUGCUGAGUCCCGGGUGAGGUCCUCUGAGGGGAGUCCCCUGUUGGCUGAAGAUGAGGCCCCUCCUUCUCCUGUGCUUUGUCUGGCCCGGCCUCCUGUGUGCCCAGCAAACCUGCUCCCGUGGGGCCUGCUAUCCACCUGUUGGGGACCUGCUCAUCGGAAGAACCCGGUUUCUCCGAGCUUCAUCCACCUGCGGACUGACCAAACCUGAGACCUACUGCACCCAGUAUGGCGAGUGGCAGAUGAAAUGCUGCAAGUGUGACUCUAGGUUGCCUCAUAAUUACAACGGUCACCGAGUGGAGAAUGUGGUUUCGUCCUCUGGCCCCAUGCGCUGGUGGCAGUCACAGAAUGAUGUGAACCCUGUCUCUCUGCAGUUGGACCUGGACAGGAGGUUCCAGCUUCAAGACAUCAUGAUGGAUUUUAAGGGGCCCAUGCCCGCUGGGAUGCUGAUCGAGCGCUCCUCGGACUUCGGAAACACCUGGAAGGUGUACCAGUACCUGGCAGCUGACUGCACCUCCACCUUCCCCCGGGUCCGCCAGGGCCAGCCCCAGAGCUGGCACGAUGUCCGGUGCCAGUCCCUGCCCCAGAGGCCCAGCGGGCGCCCGGAUGGGGGGAAGGUUCAACUUAACAUUAUGGAUUUAGCCUCUGGGAUUCCAGCCACUCACAGUCAAAAAAUUCAAGAGCUGGGGGAGAUCACCAACUUGAGAGUCAACUUCACCAGGCUGGCCCCUGUGCCCCAGAGAGGCUACUACCCCCCCAGCGCCUACUACGCCGUGUCCCAGCUGCGUCUGCUAGGCAGCUGCUUCUGCCAUGGCCACGCCGACCGCUGCGCCCCUCAGCCCGGAGCCUCUGCUGGCCCCUCCGCUGCAGAGCAGGUCCAUGAUGUCUGUGUCUGCCAGCACAACACUGCCGGCCCCAACUGUGAACGCUGUGCACCCUUCUACAACGAUCAGCCCUGGAGACCUGCAGAUGACCAGGACCCCCAUGAAUGCCAGCGGUGUGACUGCAACGGGCACUCAGAGACCUGUCACUUUGACCCAGCUGUGUUUGCCGCGAGCCAGGGGACACAUGGAGGUGUGUGUGACAACUGCCGGGACCACACUGAGGGCAAGAACUGCGAGCGUUGUCAGCUGCACUAUUUCCGCAACCGGCGUCCUGGCGCUCCCAUUCAGGAGACCUGUAUCCCUUGUGAGUGUGACCCCGAUGGGGCGGUGCCGGGAGCUCCCUGUGACCCAGGGACCGGGCAGUGCGUGUGCAAGGAGCAUGUGCAGGGAGAGCGUUGUGACCUGUGCAAGCCAGGAUUUACAGGACUCACCUAUGCCAACCCGCAGGGCUGUCACCGCUGUGACUGCAGCGUCCUGGGGUCUCGUCGGGACAUGCCAUGUGAUGAGGAGAGUGGGCAGUGCCUGUGUCUGCCCCACGUGGUGGGCCCCAAAUGUGACCAAUGUGCUCCCUACCACUGGAAGCUGGCCAGCGGUCGGGGCUGUGAGCCGUGUGCCUGUGACCCUCACAACUCCCUCAGCCCCCAGUGCAACCAGUUCACAGGCCAGUGCCCCUGUCGAGAAGGGUUUGGUGGCCUGACGUGCAGCGCCGCAGCCAUACGCCAGUGUCCCGACCGGACGUACGGAGAUGCUGGCACAACGUGCCGUGCCUGUGACUGUGACUUCCGGGGAACCGAGGGCCCAGGCUGUGAUAAGGUCUCAGGCCGCUGCCUCUGCCGUCCUGGCUUGACCGGACCCCGCUGUGACCAGUGCCAGCGAGGCUACUGUGACCGCUACCCGGUGUGCGUGGCCUGCCACCCUUGCUUCCAGAUCUACGAUGCCGACCUCCGGAGCCAGGCCCUGCGCCUCAGUGGCGUCCGCAAUGCCACCGCCGGCCUGUGGCCAGGGCAGGGCCUGGAGGAUCUUGGCCUCACCUCCUGGAUCGCGGAUGCGAAGAGCCAGAUGGAGCAGAUCCAAGCCAUCCUCUCCCGUCCCUCGGUCACCGAGCAGGAGGUGUCCCAGGUGGCCAACACCAUUUUCUCUAUCAGGCAGACUCUCCAGGGCCUGCAGCCUGAUCUGCCUGGAGAAGAGGAGGCCUUGUCCCUCUCAGAAGACGUGAAGAAUCUGGACAGAAGCUUCAAUCGUCUCCUCAUUACGUAUCAGAGCAAGAAGGACCAGUUUGAGAGGAUAAGCGGCGCGAAUCCUUUGGGGGCCUUCCGGGUGCUGAGUGCAGCCUACCAGCGGUCUUCCCAGGCUGACCAGCAGGUCUCCGACAGCUUCCAGCUGCUCGUACAGCUCAGGGACAGCUGGAGAGAGGCAGAGAGGCUGGAGGGUCAGCUGGGAGGAGGAGCUGGAGUCAGCGGUUCCCAAGUUGUGGCCCUGAGGCUGGAGAUGGCUUCCUUGCCUGAUCUGACACCCACCAUCAACAAGCUCUGCGGGGGCUCCAGGCAGGCGGCCUGUACCCCAGGAGCGUGCCCUGGAGAGCUGUGUCCUCAAGACAAUGGCACAGCAUGUGGCCCUCACUGCAGAGGUGCCCUCCCCAGAGCGGGUGGAGCCUUCCGGAUGGCGGGGCAGGUGGCACAGCAACUGCAGGGUUUCAACGCCCAGCUCCAGCAGACCCGGCACAUGAUCAAGGCAGCUGAGAUAGCCGCCUCGAAGGUGCAGUCAGACGCUCAGCACCUGGAGACCCAGGUGAGCGCCAGCCGCUCCCAGAUGGAGGAGGACGUCAGGCGCCUGCGGCUCCUCAUCCAGCAGGUCCGGGACUUCCUGUCAGACUCAGACACCGAUGCGGCCACCAUCCAGGAGGUCAGCGAGGCCGUGUUGGCUCUGUGGCUGCCCACAGACUCGGCCACGGUCCUGCGCAAGAUGAAUGAGAUCCAGGCCAUUGCCGCCAGGCUACCCAACGUGGACCUGGUGCUGUCUCAGACCAAGCAGGACAUUGCUCGGGCCCAGAGGCUCCAGAUGAAGGCCGAGCAGGCCAGGAGCCGAGCCCACGCUGUGGAGAGCCAGGUGGAGGAUGUGGUGGGGAACCUCCGGCAGGGCACGGUGGCACUCCAGGAAGCUCAGGACACCAUGCAAGGCACCAGCCGUUCCCUUCGGCUUAUUCAGGAGAGGGUUGCGGAGGUUCAGCAGGUCCUGGGGCCGGCCGAAGGACUGGUGGCUGGAAUGACGUCGCAGCUGAGAGACUUCCGGGCGCGGAUGGAGGAGCUCAGCCGCAGGGCCAGGCAGCAGCGGGAGCAGGCAGCGAGGGCCCAGCAGCUCACGGAGGGUGCUGAGCAGCGGGCACUGAGCGCCCAGGAGGGAUUCGACAGACUAAAGCAAAAAUACGCUGAGUUGAAGGACCAGUUGGGUCGAAGCCCCAUGCUGGGGGCGCAGGGCAGCCGGAUCCUGAGCGUCAAGACGGAGGCCGAGGAGCUGUUUGGGGAGACCAUGGAGAUGAUGGACAGGAUGAAAGACAUGGAGUCCGAGCUGCUUCGGGGGAGCCAGGCCAUCAAGCUCCGCUCGGCAGACCUGACGGGGCUGGAGAAGCGCGUGGAGCAGAUCCGCGACCACAUCAAUGGGCGUGUGCUCUACUAUGCCACCUGUAAGUGACAUGCCAGCCUCCAGCCCCUGGCCCCGCUCAUCUGCCCUCUUUAUUUGGGCUGGAUUCCAUCCUGGCUCCAGGAGACUUUUCUACAGCCUCGAAGCACAGCCCAACCCACCCUGUGUGCAACUGGUAAGAUCUUUCUGCGCUGCUGCCGAGCCUGAGCUGAUGGGAAACUAUAUUGGAGAGACGGAGAGGGUGGAGGCGGGCCGUGGCCUUGGGACAAGGAGCUCUAAGUGGAGGUGCACUUGGCCGGCCGGCGUCCUUGCCCUUCAGCUUCCAUGGACACAAAAACUGAACAAAAAAAUGACAUACAAAUGAAAAGCCCAAUAAAAACCUUUGGCAAGAA